UCAAAAUUUAGCCGAACUUCAGCUGUGCCAGGCUCUGCAAGAUCAAAAAAAGUUGCAUUCAAGGAUGCCGUACAGUAUUGUUCAGCCGAUGCCUGCAUAGAUCACUUGCCAGGCUGCCACAUCAUUCUCUUGUUAUUCUGACUUUCAUGGGAGAGUAAGUACUACGAAGUAUCUCACACUCUUUUCAGUUUCUUCAACAGAAACAUCGGAACAUCUUGUCCUUGUCUAUCACUGCAGGUCCGUUCGAGGCUCUAGUGGACCCGCAACCUCCAACUUUCGUCAUUCGAGGGCCCGGACUUCGCAGCCAUGCUUGGAUUCUAUGAACUCCAGCUUGUUCUCCUCGUCUCAUUGUGUCUCAUAUUCCUCUUCCUUGAGCGCCAUGUCUCACGACGGAAAGAGAAGGAGAAAGACUUGCACAACGCCGAUCGCCUGGAAAACGGAGAGGCAACGGCAUCACACAACUCGCUGGCCACACUGACAAGGCAGUAUCUCCUUGUCUAUGCAAUUGUAAUGGGUGCUGAUUGGCUCCAGGGGCCAUAUGUGUACUCAUUGUACCGCGAACAGUAUGGUCUCUCAGAAAGGAUGGUCGCAGUCCUUUUUGUCACAGGGUUCAUGUCUGCGGGGCUCACGGCACCACUGGUUGGCGUGUGGGCGGAUCAACACGGGCGCAAAAAGCUCUGCCUUGCCUUCUGCCUAACGUACACAUUCACAUGCUGUUGCAUAACCAUUCCCUACUUGCCUAUCCUUCUCUUUGGACGUGUGUGCGGGGGGAUCUCAACAUCAAUUCUCUACUCUGCAUUCGAGUCCUGGCUGGUAAGUUCAGCUGGAGCGCUAGCCCUCCCCUCAACCGACCUUUCCACAAUAUUCGGGCGCGCCACGCUCGUGAAUGGAUUUGUUGCAACUGGCGCAGGUGUCGCAAGCAAUCAGCUUGUCACCUUGACCAAUUCGUUCACAUCCCCUUUCAUCGCCAGUGGAGCCUUCUUGGUAUUGGCGUACCUAGUCAUCCGUGCAACCUGGGGGGAGAACUUUGGCGGCAGCGGAACAACAGCGGGCAAGGAUCUGUUCCAGUUGAGAAGACUAGGGCAGGCAUGGCGCAUUGUCAGAGAUGAUCCUAUGCUACUCGCGAUUGGCCUUACCCAGACUUGUUUCGAGGGCUCUAUGUACCUCUUUGUCUUCCUCUGGGUACCGUCCCUUCAGGAAGCCUCGCCAACAUUCCCCACUGUUGCACUGCCGCUAGGCUACAUCUUCUCCUCAUUCAUGAUAUCCAUGAUGCUCGGGUCCCUCCUUUACAGCGUUGUCACUACUCAAUCCGGCGGUCUGACGGUCCACGCAAAGCUCAGUAGCUUGGUUUGUGCAUUUGCUGCCCUCGCGCUGGCGACAAGUGUAAAAAGCGAGAGCGAGCGCGUCAGGUUCUGGGCAUUCUGUGCAUUCGAGGCGUGUGUGGGGAUGUAUUAUCCUGUACAGGGAAUGCUGAGAGGUACUUUGAUUUCAAACGAGCAUCGGGCAACACUGAGCUCCCUGUUUCGUGUUCCCUUGAACGUGUUUGUUGUUGUCUCUCUGAUGACAGGCGUAUCAAGUGCUAGGAACGCUGUGUUAAGCGCAAGCUCCUUGAUGCUUGCAUUCUCUGCCGUUAUGACCGCAUUUAUAGUCGUCGCGAGGGCAGAUGAUCAUGUGUCCGCCGAGGCAAGUUUGAGGCCAGAGUGAAAGACGUGUUUUACGUUAUACGCCUGGGUAUUCUGAAAAAACAUAGAACUCGCUAAUGGCCGCUGCUCUUACCCCCCAGCAUUGCAGGACACUCUUUGAACGGAAAAAAGGAUGAAUUCUAGAUAGAUUAUACAUUAUAGUUUACCUGAUACCCAAGCCAGGUUGUGGCUCCAAGGAUUUAUUCAAACUCCGAUUCAUGUGCCGCU